AUGUUACAGAUCAAGCUGACGAGUGACGGCAAGCCUGGACAAUGGUGCGCGUGGGCUAGUACUUAUGUCCAGGACAAGUAUAAUGACAGAACGGCUAAGUACGAUCAGAGUCUCGCCAUCAACGGAAGGGUGGUAUCCACGUUGUUCACAGUGAGUCCCCACUUUUGUGCAGCAGCUGAUACUGAGAAGCGCAGGCUCCGCCAUGCUCUAGGGUAUGGUACAGGCGUCGAAUGCGAGGAUGAUAUGUGCCACCAUGGCAUUGCGGGUGCUCACCAGUAUCUUAAGACUAAGAUUAUUGUCAAAACGCUUGAUAAGAAGUUCGGCCAUACCCUGGCCAUAGGCGAGGCUACCUCGUCGCCAUUGACUACUCCGGACGGAGGCAAGGCCUGGACUCUGGGUCGUGUUCAUAUUAACGCUCGCACUUUAAAUCGGUAA